AUGGACAAAUAUCUUAGUGCAAGGUUUUCUCGGCUUACCUACUCCCACAAAACGGCAGAAGUUGAUUCAAACACUAUACAUAACAAGUUGAUGACCAACGUUGCUGACCAAAAUGGGAAACCUAUUCAAAUUGAUUUGGAACGUCACAAAAUUCGUGUUGGGUGA